UCUCUCAACUCUGAACUCGACGGCGGCAACAGAGAAAUUCUACAUUUAUUUUUCUCUCAAAUUUCGACCGUGGCGGGUUAGUUUUGCGCGACUCCGAAUCGAAUCCGACGAGGCCGGUGUUGUUGAUAGCUCGAUAGUUAGCGAUAUUCGGGCGCCAUGAACGAAGGGUCCUUCCGUGGGAAAUAGAAAUCGAGAGGUGUGCUCAAAUCGCGGAUUGGAAUUCCCGGGAACAACGGUGUUUCUUGCCCGUGUUUCACUUUGUGCGCGAAAAGAACCGUUGAACGGUUGCUGGAAAUACAGAGUACAGGAGGAGAAGAGGACGACCGAAACUCGGGCGAAGUCAACGCAAAUCGUCGAUCAAAACAAAGUGCAUGCUUAAAACGGAAACUAUCAACAUGUUCGAACUGGAGGAUUAUUCGAGCGGCAUACAUGAGGGUUUCUUCAGCAAAUACGCGGAUGCGGCUGGACCCUCGCUGGACUUCUAUGUGUCCGACUCGAUGCAGGAGAUGCUGAACGUGGACAUUCGCGCAGAGAUUGCAAAUGUGGUGGGCAGUUCCAGCAGCGACCUCACCGCAUCCCUGGAUCAGACCUUGGAGGCUAUCUCCGCGAUCAAUAACACCCAGUGCAAUGGAAACAGCAGCCAGUCGGCUUCCUACAAUACCAACACAAACUUCCUGACCAGCAGCGCACUUCACGCCUCGCCCACGGCCAAAUGGAUGGGUUCAUCGGCCAGUUUUUGGUCCAACAGCGAUUACUAUGCGGAUCUGGGCGCAUGCGUAAACCCCAUUUCCGUAAUGCCACUGAUAAACUCGUCUUCCGGAUCCGGAAUGUUCUCGCCAAAGAGAAACAAAACAGCCACAUGCACUCAGGGAAGGGCGGGAGCGGUGCCCUCGUCUCCCACCGCCGAGAGAGAUCAUCCCAAGUCCCAUCUGACCUUCUCGCCGGCCCAAAUGAAGGUCAGUGCAGGGUCCAUGCGGCGGGAGCAGGUUAUGGCCCACAUUCCCAAGCAAAUAUCGGUGGUUACUGGAACCGGUACCACAGCGCCCGCCACAAUGGCCACAAAUUCGGCGCUUCAACGCCGUAAUUCCUCAGCCGUAGAUGCAGUACGCAAGGAUUUGGGCACAGAGCUGCGCAAAGCACAGUCCAGUCCGGUACCCAACUCAGUGGAGGAGCUGGGCAAGGGAAAGGGAUCCACACUGCUCAGCGCAGGAGUUGGAGCCACCAACACAAUUAAACUGGCACCCGGCAUCGGCGGUCUGACCUUUGCCAACAGCGUUGCAUACCAGAAGUUGAAGCAAACCUCUUCCGUCAAGUCACCAGGAGGCAUCUCGCCAGGAGCGGGAUCGAAUAUGGGCAUCAAGCGGGAGGAUUCGAACAAGCGAGGACUGCAGGCCAGCACCACACCAAAGAGUAUCGCCUCGGCGGCCAACUCGCCGCACCAUCAAAUGCAAAGCAACUACAGUCUGGGAUCACCCUCGUCCCUGUCCUCUUCAUCGGCAUCUUCGCCCCUGGGAAAUGUCAGCAACCUGGUCAAUAUAGCGAAUAAUAACAGCACUGGAGGUGGUGCCGGUUUGGUGAAGCCCCUUCAGCAAAAGGUCAAGCUGCCAGCGGUAGGCAGUCCGUUUCCCAAGCCAGCCUACUCAUACUCCUGCCUCAUCGCUCUGGCCCUCAAGAAUUCGCGUGCAGGAUCACUGCCCGUCUCGGAAAUUUACAGUUUCCUCUGCCAGCAUUUCCCCUACUUCGAGAAUGCCCCCAGUGGCUGGAAGAACAGUGUGCGUCACAAUCUGUCCCUCAACAAAUGCUUCGAGAAGAUCGAGAGACCAGCCACGAAUGGUAAUCAGCGAAAGGGCUGCCGUUGGGCCAUGAAUCCUGAGCGCAUUAACAAGAUGGACGAAGAGGUGCAGAAGUGGUCGCGCAAGGACCCGGCUGCUAUACGCGGAGCCAUGGUCUAUCCUCAGCACCUGGAGUCCUUGGAAAGGGGAGAGAUGAAACACGGAUCGGCUGAUUCCGAUGUGGAACUGGACUCGCAGUCAGAGAUCGAGGAAUCCUCGGAUCUCGAGGAGCAUGAAUUUGAGGACACCAUGGUGGAUGCCAUGCUGGUGGAGGAGGACGAGGAGGCCGAGGAGGAGGAUGACGACGAUGAGCACAUACUCAGCGAGUUCGAAGCUGAGGACGAACGUCAAUCCCUCGCUAAUGGAAACCAGUCGAAUAACCACCUGCCCAUCGAUCACGCACUGCUUGCCCAGAAAACCAACGACUUUGAUAUAGAGGUGGACGAUCUGUACGAUGCCAUCGACAUCGAGGACGACAAGGAGGCAGUGCGUCGAGUCCUUACCAACGGUCAAGCGCAGCACAUAAUCGAAUUGAAUCCGGCCGAUUUGAAUGCUACCGAUGGCUACCACCAGCAGCAGCCUCCAUCGAAGCGGGCUCGCGUAGACAUCAACUAUGCGAUUGGCCCGGCUGGUGAACUGGAGCAGCAGUAUGGUCAGAAGGUGAAGGUGCAGCAGGUCACACAGCCGCAGCAGCAUCCGCCCACCUACAACCGGCGGAAGAUGCCGCUGGUCAACCGCAUCAUCUAGAGCGGGGCGCAGCCCCCCAACACAUUACAUUAAUCACUUAGUGCUAGGUCUUUGGUAUAUAAGGAACCCUUGCUACGCUUAAACUUAAUCCCUAAGGCCCCCCUCAUCCAAUAUCGAAUAUCAGUUUUCGGUUUCGUGUGCAGAGCCCAAUAAUGUUAUUUAAUCCCCCUCACUUUAUUUGUAGUUCAGUUAGGCUGUCGGUUGAUUUUAAAUCUCGAUUCGAGCCCGAGCCAACUGAAAAAGAAUGAGAGCUUGUGCCCUCUGUUUUUGGUUAAUUUGAAUCUUUUCUUUUCUUUAGUCGCUUCUCGAAUAAAUCUUUAUAAAUAAUGUUACACAAA